AGGACGUGUGAUCAAUUAUGUUUGGGACUUAUCAGCCGGAUGAAACUCACAAAAGAGAUUGGUCAGUUACGGUUCUGAAUAUCAAUAACUGUAAAAUGGAAAACAAACAGUUUGAAAUAAUCCAACGAAGUAAAAAGCAUUUAAAUGACAGUCUUAAUGCACUCUGUAUUACACUUUACAUUUUCAAUACAAAUGUGAACUUUGCAACAAUAUAAAGCGUUAUUUGUAAAUUACGCACAAUAUUGAAUUUUAACGAAUGUACUUCAUGAGUAGCUUUUAUAUAUAAAGCCUCAAGUGUAUACAGCGUAAAUGCUUUUGUUUAAGUAAUCAUAGCAUAUUCAAAAAUUGUUGUUCAGAAUUGAAAAAAUGAAUUUAUUAGUAUUCAGUAUACUAAUAACUUAUAUACUGAACAGCGUUUAUAGUGCACACAAUGGAUAUACUAAUGGAAUUGACACAGCUACCAGUCAUCAUGGUGGAGGUGACAGUCAUGAAAGUUCUGUAGAUGUUUAUGAUAAAUAUUCCAAUGGCAAGAAAGACAGUAGUGAGUACACAAGUGAUGAUUCCAGCAAGUACACUGACGGUAAAAUCUAUGACAAAUAUGGUCAUGAAAAGGGAGACGAGAAAUAUGCUUACAGCAAAAACUAUGAAAAAAGUUACGAUAAACAUGUUUAUGACAAGUACGGGUAUGGUAAAUAUGGAUAUGAAAAAUAUGGUUACGACAAAUAUAGUUAUAAAAAAAAAGGAUAUGACAAAUAUAGUUAUGAUAAGUAUGGCUAUGAUAAAUAUGGAUAUGACAAGUAUAACUAUAAUAAACACGGAUAUGACAAGUAUGGUUAUGACAAAUAUGGAUAUGAAAAGGGUUACGACAAGUAUGGAUAUGACAAAUAUGGUUAUGAAAAGGGUUAUGACAAGUAUGGAUAUGACAGAUAUGGCAAGGACAAAUAUGGUUAUGAGAAAGGUUAUGACAAAUAUGGCUCUGAUAAAUAUGGUUAUGAGAAGGGUUACGACAAAUAUGGCUAUAGCAAGUAUGGCUCCGACAAAUAUGGUUAUGAGAAGGGUUACGACAAGUACGUCUCUGACAAACAUAGUUAUGAGAAGGUUUACGACAAGUAUGGCUCUGAUAAAUAUGGUUAUGAGAAGGGCUACGACAAGUAUGACUCUGAUAAAUAUGGUUAUGAGAAGGGUUAUGACAAAUAUGGCUACGACAAGUAUGGCUCUGAUAAAUAUGGUUAUGAGAAGGGUUAUGACAAAUAUGGGUCUGACAAAUAUGAUCACGAGAAGUAUGGCCAUGAGAGACAUGGUAACGACAAAUACGGAUACGACAAAUAUGGUUACGAAAAGUACGGGUAUGACAAAUAUGGUUAUGGAAAGGAUUACGAGAAAUACGGUUACACCAAAGAAUAUGGUAAGCAUUAUAAGGAUUACUAUAAGAAAUAUGACAAAUACGAUUAUGGUAAUAAAUAUGAAUACAGCGAUAAUAAAGACCACGAUAAGCAUGAUCACGAUGAACAUGACCAUCAUGACGACCACGACCACGACCACCAUCAUCAUCAUGAGCAUGACCACCAUCAUCAUGGACCUGAUCACAAACAUGGCAAAGAAUACUAACUACAGUGGAUAACUUCUUCCUAAGGUAUAUAAAUCUAAAAUUAAUAGUCGCAAUAAAGUGUCUUUCUCGUUGCUUUUUCAAUAGUCAAUUGGUGAAUCACAUAGACAGUGAAAAAAGCCACUUCUAGUAUGAUAUUAAAAAAAAUUAGUUUUCAUUUCCGCUAAAAUAAUAAAAAUUACUAAAAUUUCAACGAUUGUAAACGUUAAUUUUAUUUGUUAAGCUAUAUUGUAUUAAGCAUGUGAAGAGAAAAAAUAAAACUAAUGGAUAAAAAUUUAUAAGAUCACAGUGCUGACGAAAGAAAAGUUGAUAUUGCUGUUACACGAGUAGCAUUGGAAUGGUAAUUGCGUUUAUUAGAGGGAUUGUAGAUAGAUAAUAUAAUACAUGUAGCUUAAUUUGAAGAGUAUUAUGCGAUUGGCAUCUAUUUUAUUUGGAUUAACUUGUUGAGUGAAUCUAAAAUGUUUCUGAAAUAAAA